CCUAACCCCUCCUCCCCCUCCCCCCCCCAAAAGCGCCCGCCAUGUCCCACCCGCGGGUAGAAGAAGUUUCCGACAGCGAUGUCGACAUGUCGGACCCCUCCGAGGGGGACAUUGACGAGUUGAUCGAAUCCGACAUCAUGCGGCGAGUAGACAGCAAACCACAGUCUUCACGACCACAGCCUCCUCGACCCCAACAACAACAACAGCAGCAACAACAACAACAACAACAAAAACAAAAACAGCAGCAGCAGCAGCAGCAUGCCCGCCCAGGCCCCCCACCUCCCUACCCCCGAAUGCAGACCACGACCGACGAGAAGGCGUACAAGUCGUUCCAGUGCCUCUACCCGGUCUACUUCGACGCGACCCGCUCGCGCGCCGAGGGCCGCCGCGUGCCCCGCUCCAUGGCGGUGGCCAACCCGCUGGCGUUCGACAUCGUCCAGGCCUGCGCCAGGCUGGGCCUGCACACCGUCCUCGAGGCCGGCAAGCUGCACCCCAAGGACUGGGCCAACCCGGGGCGCGUCAAGGUCGACCUGCGCCAUCAUCACCAGCAGCAGCAGCAAGGCGAGAGCGGCGGCGGCGGCGGCGGCGGCGGCGGUCCUCCCAAGAUCAACAACAAGCACCACCUCUACCUCCUCGUCGCGCAGCACCUGCGCGCCCACCCGACCACCGACUCCUCCCGCUCCCUGCGCGUGGAGGUCCGCGGCGCCCCGAUGCCGCCGCAGGCGCUCGAGCCCGGCAAGCCCUGGCCCCGCCCCGCCGUGCCGCGCGGCUGGAAGAUGGGCGAGCUGCUGCCGUACUACAGCCCGGCCAUGACGGGCGGCGGCGUGAGCGAGAACUUCCUCAAGGACAUGAUGAAGGAGAUGCAACAGCACGGCGGCGGUGCGGGCGGCAUGCCGGAUAUGGCGAGCCUGCUGGCUGCUGCGGGCGGCGCCGGCGCCGGCGGACUCGGGGGCGCUGGGAGCUCGGGACCAGGUAGCAAGAAGAAGGGCAAGGGGAAAUAGAGAGAAACUAAAGACGCAAAUGCAGUAGACGUGUGGUGUUAUUCUGACCUCACUGUCUAAUUACCUCUCUAAUUACCUGUCUGCUUACCUCUCCGCUGUAGAAUGUUAGCGGC